GCUCACCGCGCUUAGCGCUGCUCAGUGAUUGCCUGGUGAGCUGCGAGUCGCGCUUCCCUUAUCGGGUGACGGGUCUCUAGGCUACAUUAGCAAAAUAAAAGAUGGCGUUCACAUUCGCGGCCUUUUGUUACAUGCUAGCAUUGCUCUUAACUGCAGCUCUCAUUUUCUUCGCUAUUUGGCACAUAAUAGCAUUUGAUGAGCUGAAGACAGACUACAAGAAUCCCAUAGAUCAGUGUAACACAUUGAAUCCGCUGGUGCUCCCGGAGUACCUCAUCCACGUGUUCUUCUGUGUGAUGUUCCUCUGUGCGGCCGAGUGGCUCACCCUGGGCCUCAACAUGCCGCUCCUGGCCUAUCACGUGUGGAGGUACACGAGCCGGCCUGUGAUGAGUGGCCCCGGACUCUAUGACCCCACCACGAUCAUGAACGCCGACAUCCUGGCGUACUGUCAAAAAGAGGGCUGGUGCAAGCUGGCUUUCUACCUGCUCUCCUUCUUCUAUUAUCUCUAUGGGAUGAUCUACGUCCUGGUGAGUUCCUAAACGGGGCUGACUGUCCGGGGAAGGAAGAACGGCAUGUAGGGAAGAAGAUCUACAACUUGAACUUGGAGCUGGAAGCAGACCUGUGGUAGACUAUCCCUCGGUGGCACAAUAAAAAGGAUAAUGAACUCGACACUGCGUAAAUCCUGACCUUCUCUCACCAAAAAUAAAAAAAAGCCCAUUCAGAUAUUUUUGCCACAACCACCUUUUUAUUGCUACUCUCCCAUUCUGUGUAAAGAACAGAAGAUUACCAACAAUAGACAUGGGCAUUUUAUGUGUGUUUGAUGAAUUGCAUAAAAUUUACUUCACGACUGUUUUUCCUUUUGUUUUUUGGACUUUAUGAACCAGGUUGUGUUGUGUUUAAACUCACAUUGGCAAUUUGUUGAACAUUACAAAAACAUUUUUCAUUUCUUUUCUUUUUUACAGUAAACUUAUUUUUAUAUUGUCUGAAUUGACUGCAUCAGAAAAUUAUGAAUCAAGGGUUUUUAAAUAAAUUAAACUGAUGCCAGGUUUUUCCAAGACCACACCCCCCCUCAGCCCCCAAGGUAAUUCAUGUGUAUUAUGUGAUGCUUAUUUUAUUGUCCAGGAGUGUUUGAAUUAAGGCCUUUUUCCUGAUCAUUUGUGUUUGGCCCUUCACGUUUUAUGUGACUUCAGCUGUUUUUCUAAGAUCAAGCCAACACCCAAUUCAAGUACAUUUUGUAAUGAUUAUUGCCUGAUAAACUACUAUGGUGACAAUAUAAUUUACAGUUAAGUGUCAGAAAAGUAAGAAUUUUAAUUUAAACCCUCCUGGAUGAAUCUGUCUGAAAUAUGAACAUUGUUUCAAAUAUGAUAAACCAAAAGUCAAGACCUGAUUUAAAAAAAAAAAAAAGGUAAAAUGCCCACCUACUAACAUCCUUGUGAUAAUUUUUUUUUGUGAUCCCUCAAAAUGGUCCAUCCAAUAAUUAAAUGUUAUACAGGUGACCUUGACGAUAUUGCGUGCCGCACCAUACUUAUUAUAUACUCAAUAGAUGUGUAAUCUUAACUUGGACUGCUAGGGGGCCAGAUUUGUUACUUUGAAAUUUUAACGUAUGGGACGUCUUGCUGUUGGAAGGAAAUGCGGCAGUCCUGGGACUCAAACCAAAGCUUACAAAAAUGAACAUUCAGAUCCAGUGGUGAUUGAGCUCUAGUAGUCGUACCCCAUGUCAGGAAAACUCCCAUCACUAAAACAAGCCUACACUUGGAUGGAGGGGGUUACGGGUCACUUAAUUUUAAAGCAUCCUUCAAUGCAAAUCUAUUAUAUUGUUUACAAUUUUGAGUACCUUAACACUCCCGAGAAUGCUCGUUGUGAAAGACGUUUAUGGAAUGACAUUCUGAAUUGUUCUUUUUGGAAUGUUAGGCAGCGGCGUGUUCCCUCCUAGACAAGAUCUUCCACAAGAGCUCACAUUUUCCUGAGUCACAACCAGGGAACUAUACAGAAUUCACAUGUGACUGUCUCUUCCCAGAACCGUUGCCAUCAACAGUGACAUUUUGCCAGUCACCAGAAAAUAAUGGAGGAAAAAGAAAAAAAAAACCUGUUAGACCACAUGAAUUGUGUAUUUUGUAAAUGUGAAAAUAGUUAUUUGAAAUCACUACUGAACUGUAGAUCUGCUAUAAACGUCAUUGAAUAGAGUUCCGGUAGAAGAUUGGAAGUUGAAAUGAAUCAAUUAAAAUGAAAAUAAACCCCA